AUGCUUGUGACAUCUCCCUCAGUUUUCUCUGCUGACGGUCCUUUCUCUCUCCUCUGCUUGUGUGGUGCUGAUGGGACGCUUAGGGGUCUGCGGAUCUCUGAUGAGCCCAGUGCACAGGCUCCAGUGUGCAGUGGAGCAGGUACCCGCCCGCACAGCCUGCAGUCGCCCUCCCAGCCCUCUCCUAGUGCUGCCACACCGUGCCGCAGCACAAGGGCUCGGAGCAGGAGCUGCAGGAGCAGGGCCCGGAGCCGGACGUCGGGUUCAGAGCGCGACUUGCGGGUCCAGGCCCAGGCCCAACAGGCGGGCUCAGAGCAGGACCUGCAGAGCCAGACCAAGAAGCAGCACGCGGGCUCGGAGCGCGACCUGCAGUCCGCCUGCUCCUCCGUGAGCCUGCCCUCCAUCAGGAAGACGCCCAAAAAGCGCCGCCUGUCCCUGCGCGCGCUCUUCCGCCGGCGCCAGCGAGACCCCAAGCGCAAGUCUCGCGCCAGCGCGCCUGGAGGCGCGGCCGAUCCCCUGGCCGGCGGCGAGCUGGUGGCCGCGGAGAGCGGCCUUCAGGAUGCCGCGCUGGCCGGCGAAGCGUCCGGCGCCUCCUCGUCCUUGUCCUCCUCCUCGGCCGGCGGGCAGGAGCUGCUGGAGUGCCCGCUGUGCCUGCUGCGGCACACGCGCGAGCGCUUCCCCGACAUCAUGACGUGCCCGCACCGCUCCUGUGCCGACUGCCUGCGCCAGUACCUGCGCAUCGAGAUCAGCGAGAGCCGCGUCAACAUCACCUGCCCCGAGUGCUCGGAGCGCUUCAAUCCCCAUGACAUCCGCACCAUCCUGGCCGACCGCGCCCUCAUGGACAAGUAUGAGGAGUUCAUGCUGCGCCGCUGGCUAGCUGCUGACCCAGACUGCCGCUGGUGCCCAGCACCGGACUGUGGCUAUGCGGUCAUUGCCUUUGGGUGUGCCAGCUGCCCCAAGCUCACAUGUGGCCGUGACGGCUGUGGGACAGAGUUCUGCUACCACUGCAAGCAGCUAUGGCACCCCAACCAGACGUGUGACGCCGCCCGCCAGCAGAGAGCGCAGAGUCUGCGCCUCCGACCCUUCCGCUCCUCAUCUCUCAGUUACAGCCAGGAGAGUGGAGCUGCUGCAGACGACAUCAAACCAUGUCCUCGCUGUGCUGCCUACAUCAUUAAGAUGAACGAUGGGAGCUGUAAUCACAUGACCUGCGCCGUGUGUGGCUGUGAGUUCUGCUGGCUCUGUAUGAAGGAGAUCUCAGACCUGCACUACCUGAGUCCAUCAGGGUGCACCUUCUGGGGUAAGAAGCCAUGGAGUCGUAAGAAGAAGAUCCUGUGGCAGCUGGGCACUCUGGUUGGCGCUCCAGUGGGCAUUGCCUUGAUCGCUGGCAUCGCCAUCCCUGCCAUGAUCAUUGGAAUACCGGUGUAUGUGGGGAGAAAGAUUCAUAAUCGCUAUGAGGGAAAGGACGUUUCCAAGCACAAGAGGAACCUUGUCAUUGCUGGUGGUGUCACUUUGUCUGUCAUUGUAUCACCAGUUGUGGCGGCGGUCACUGUCGGUAUCGGCGUGCCCAUCAUGUUGGCAUACGUGUAUGGCGUGGUGCCCAUAUCUUUGUGCCGCAGCGGAGGGUGUGGAGUCUCAGCGGGCAAUGGGAAAGGCGUGAGGAUCGAGUUUGACGAUGAGAACGACAUGAAUGUGGGCAGCGGGGCCGUGGCUACUGACACCACCUCUGUGGCGGAGACGCGACACAACCCCAGUCUGGGGGAGGGCAGCGUGGGUGGCCUGACGGGCAGCCUGAGUGCCAGCGGCAGCCACAUGGAGCGGAUCGGUGCCAUGCGGGACAACCUGAGCGAGAACGCCAGCACCAUGGCACUCGCUGGGGCCAGCAUCACGGGCAGCCUGUCGGGAAGCACUGUGGGCAACUGCUUCAACAGGUUGGAGGUGCAGGCCGAUGUCCAGAAGGAGCGCUGUAGUCUGAGUGGAGAGUCGGGCACGGUCAGUCUGGGGACAAUCAGUGACAACGCCAGCACCAAAGCCAUGGCUGGCUCCAUCCUCAACGCAUACAUGCCUUUGGACAGGGAUGGCAGCAGUCUGGAGGUGCAGGUGGACGUGGAGUCCAAGCUGUGCAAGCUCCGGCACCACAGCGGCAGCAGCAGCCUGGACGACAGCAGCGGUGGCGGGAGCCGUGGGGGUGCCACGGGCGGAGGGGGCUGCUGCUCAGCGGGCUGCCCGCACGCGUCGUCCUCUUCGUCCUCGCGCCUGGCCAAAGAGUCCUCCUCCUCCUCGGGGGGGAAGAAGAGCAAGGGCAAGCUGCGCAAGCGGAGCAGCAGCGGGGGGGUGCGGCGGAGCGCCACGGGGUCCGGGGUGGCGGCCGUGGCCGCGGCGGCAUCGCGGGCCGGCGACGACCUGGACGCCCAUCUGCUGGAGCAGCGCAGCGUCCACUCCAGCGAGCCGGACUCGCCCUCGCCGCCCUCCCUGAGCGGCAGCCUGCCCUCCGUGGCCGACUCGCACUCCAGCCACUUGUCCGAGUUCAGCGGCGGCUCGGACCUGGACGCCUGCCGGCCCGUCUGCUGCACGUACCACCAGCACGAGCACGCCGGCUGCCCCAGGCUCCCCCACAGCGCCUCCGCGGUCAGCCCUCCGCCCGAGCUAGAGCACGGCACGCCGGAGACCAGCCUGCUGUCCGGCGGCGCGGCCACAGCGGUGCCCCCUUCGCCGCAGGGCGCUGUGUUAGCACUGCGCUACAUCGCGGAAGAAAGCGUGGGCUUGAUGCGGGCAGUGGAACUGGACUCGCGGAUGGAGGAGGCGGAGGCCGACGGAGAGGGUGUGGAUGCCUCGCUGAAAGGGCGCAACAACAACCUGCCGCCAUCACCGGCCAGCUCGCCCAGACACCCCUGCAUCCAGACGGACAUCUAAGCCUCCCAGAGACAGGACAUCACGGGUCAGUCGGACCCACCACCACAGAGCUUCUCCAGCUAAUCUCACACCCACUUUAUUUUACUGAGGAUUGCACACUGACUACGAGGUUUCAAAAUAAAAAAUAAGAGCAGAAAAGAGGAAAAAAAGAAGAGUUGUUAUUACUGAGGUAUUGUGCUAAAGUAUUUUCUUUCUUUUUUUAUUUGUUUUAGUUUUUGCUCCAGCGUUGGCUGUUUGCUAAACGAAUGUCGAUAAAGGAAUGUCCACUGUCUAUGUGAGAGCAGGGCAGUGUAUGCUGUAUAGAGGGAGUGUGGGUGGAGGUGAUGGGAUGGGGGUUUGGUCAAACGAAAUCUAAGCUGGUUUGUCAGGCAUGUGGGGUUGAAAAACCAAGUUCCAGAAUGGUCCAUGUUGGCGAUAUGACUGCUGCCUGGCUCUGCCAGCCCUUCCUUCAUGUAGCUGCUCUCAGGUAGACGCAAGCGCUGAUGAGACCCAAGAAAGCUUCUAGGCAUGAAUGUAGGAGGGACUACUGAUUGACAGGGUACAAGUUGAUUGACAAAUGUAGCUGCAAAUAACAAGCCUCAGUAUGUUUGUUGCUUUGUUCUUUUCAAGGGACCGUAGCAUUUUUUUUUUUUUUAAGAGUGGGCCUUACAAUUUUUUGGGUGAGGCUGUUCAAGUAACACCCCAUGGGCGAAUGCACACCCUCAUGUGUGUGUGUGUGUGCACACAUUCACAGUCUUUUAGACAAAUCAAAUGCUGUUCUGUGGGUUGGGUCUUCCACAGCCCAGCUGGAGGACUGUGCACCAUCAUGCAUCAUUCAGAUGGAAACCUAAGAGGGACCAGGUAAUGGUAGUGUUCCUUUUUGUCCUGUCAAGAUUCUUGUAAAUUAUUUUUUACUUUUCUUGUGAAGUUGUGGUUCCUUGUUUCUCUUUGUGUUUUUUUUUGGUUUUUUUGUUUUGUUUUUUCCAUUUUGGGAAAGGUUGUAAUUGGCUGAAGCCCUGUGUUGGGGGCAUCAUAGGUGUGUAACAUUGGGGAGGAGCACUGAGUGGAGCAGCAUCAGGACCUCUCUCUGGUAGAACAUCCAGCCCACUGUAGCCUUCUGCACCAGGUAGAGCUUCACAUUCACAGCACAAACCGAGCAAGAGCAUAGAUGUGGCUUAGGAAGCUAACGUUGAAGUUCAUGCGUAAGGAAAGCAGAAAAUCUCACAGCUACAGGAAAUGGCCGAGCAUUCAGGGUCAUUUACAGAGGACUCUCCUGCUUAAACAAUGAAGAUGCACCUCACUAUAGUAUUUUUUUAUGUUAAUGACUCAUGGUGCCUUUUUGAAAUCUGUGUUACCUUGUUUCAGUCUGUCUCAAAUAAAUAAGAAAAAAAAUGAGUGUGUGUGUGGUGACAAGGCAUCAGACAUUCACACCACCCCUAGUAUCUGUGGUAGACUUUAGACUCCAGACCCACCUACCAAAGACCGCUCUCAGGCUGGGAUCCUCCCUGGGCCCUUUGGUGCAGCCUGAUCUGCAGACUGAAGAGUGCUGUGCCUUUGUCCCCCCUUUCCCCCUCCUGAAGUGGGUUGUGUGUUGCAUGGACUACCUACUGGGGGGGUAUGCAGGCAGGCUGGGUUCCUCUCGCCUCCACACACACACACAUUUCCCCACAGCCCCAGUGUCUGUAACCCGGGCUUUUGCACUGUUUCCGUCUCUUGACCCUCCUGUACUCCCAGAGUGCGUGUG